GUGCAUGCUCUCACUGCUUUUUCAAAAAAUUUAGGAUCAGGAUAUGCUUUCUUUGACACAUUUCGGCCGUGAUGUAGUCGCCUGUGGAAGAUUUUCGUUAUUCAGCACCACUCUUUUUACAACAACCCGGAUUUCUUAAAAAAUACGAGGUAGAUAUAGAACAGAACCUAACUUGAAAGCUGACCAUGUCUUCGUCGCCACGACAUCUCGCUGCCCGGUUCCGGUUUGGUCAGACCAUAGGCGUCGCAUUUUUCUCGGCGGUCUCCGGGUUCUUGCUACAGUAUGCGCCAUCUGAGUGUGUGUCUGUGCGAGCAUGGGCGGGGGAAGUUUCGUGGAAGGUGCCACUCGGGGUCGGUCUCGUCUAUUUGGCCUACGCUUUAUUCACCGUGUAUCGCCUUCGUAGUUAUGGCAGGAACACGAAAUGCAUCCUUCUUUGUAAAGGGAUAUCCAGAUGAUCAUGAGGCGUGUGAACUACGGGGUGAUCAGUAACCCACUUGCCCACUGUUCUAAUUACGUCGCCAACAAGGAGAUGCUGAGAAAGACGCACCACAGCAGAGUAUAAAGAAAGACUCCAAAACGAAGAAUGAGGAGCACGAAGCGACACCCGCUUCCUCAAGUUCGCAUUCUAAGGUGGACUAUUCGGAAGAGGUUGCAUGUUCUAGCGCACCUUCAAGAAAAAGCUCGAUAAGCAGCAACAUUACAACAUCGACGUCGUCGAGCGAUAUUUCAGACCAGUCAGCAUCUUCAAAUUCAUCAGAUGGGAAGAAACUGCGGGCCGCAUGCGAAGCUGGAGGAGGACCCGGGGCAGACGCAGACGAAGAGUCACCACAUAGCGAAGAGAAGAGUCGUAAUUCGGAUGUGGCAACCUCUUCAAAGGAGCUCUUGUCGCAAGGAACGAAUGCUACUAAGAACGCAUCAUCAAGAGAAGCCCUUGCAUCAACCAAGGCGACGACGGAAAAAGGUAAUUUUUGUCUUGCACAUCUUCAGAGUUGAUACAACGAACUAGGGAAAAAGAAUACUUCAGCAUUCUUUUUGCAUUAUUGAGAUGGACGUUGACAACCUCAAGGUAAUCUUGGGUUUACAAAUGUUUAGACUUCUAUUGGCAAUAUUUACGUAUGCUAAACAUACUAGCUAUUCAGUUGUUGAUUGAUAUCGAAGUGUUGUUACCUACUGCCACUGAAAAAACGUCAGGUGCUUUGGAGGGGUUUCUUUUGGUGUACAACCUCUUCCAGAUCCUUUUCAACGGGGGUUGGUGUAUUGCCGUAGCUUUGCAUAUAAUGGCUGAGCAGCAGCCAUUACUUGGCGCACCGCUCUUGUGGGGUUCUCCUGACGGAACGGUGGAUGCGGGAGGAUGCGCUUUCGCAUCCGUCUACAUUAAGGCCACAUAAUAUCGUAUUCAUAUCGUGUCCUUUCCAACUGAACUGUGGUUUACUAGAGUAUGCACAUCAGCCCUGAGUACUCUUAAUCUUUGAAUUGUGCUUUGCUUUCGGAACUUGACGACACUUCAUGUCGACCUUCGGACGUAGGGCAAUAGCGUAUCUCUAAGAAUGUGACGUACCUGCUGUGGCUUCAUUACGCAAACAAAUUAGUGGAGUUUGCCGACACUUUCUUUAUGAUUCAGCGAGGCAAGGCAGCGCAGCAGCUUAGCUUUUUGCAUGUUUACCAUCAUUUACUCAUGGUCUUUGCAUGGUGGGCUGUGCUGCACGAGUGGCCAGGCGGUGAUGCGUGGUAAAAAAACAUAAAACUUGACUUGUUCUCUUUCAACGUAGAGACAUUGAUUCAGAAAAGAAUUGGACGCAAACCGCCACUCAAACUAUCUCACUUUUCAGGAUGUUCUUUCGGUUUCAAGAACGGUUGGUCGUUUGGCCUUGUGUAGCUAAAGCAUUUCAGUUUCUUAUGUGCCUAUGCGACGUAUUUACUGGUGGAGCACAAAUGAAAAUACCAGGUUUGGUGCAUGGGUGAAUAGUUUGAUUCAUGUCCUGAUGUACAUGUACUACUUCGUUGCGGCCCUCGGCGUGCGGAUACCCGUUAGCGUCAAAAAAGCGAUGACGCGAUGCCAACUUGUGCAAUUCGUAAUCUGUUUUGUUUAUGAAGAACGGCGCCUUUUGUUUGUAACUACAUGGUAUAUGUGGGAACUUAGUUGCACGAAGUACCCGCCUUUGAUUUCGACGAACAAAAUUACGUGUCUAGUACGAAGUUAGUUCUAGUAGCUGGAAUCAUCGAUCUGUCGAGGACAUCAAGCAGCUAGAUGAUUCACAACGGCUCUUCUCUUCUAAUCUUUGCACGCGUGCCUUUGUUGGUAUUUGGCUUCCGUGCCACGACACGUUUGUGGUCUGCAACUGUACGUGAUGGUGAACAUGCUUCUGCUCUUCAGCAACUUCUAUUCGAAAUCGUACACAAAGAACAGCCCGAAAACGGGAGGUGCACCAGCAACGACGAAAAGCACCUAA